AUGGAGAAUAAGUUUGGUGUUACUCUGAAAUCAACCGGCGCAGGAAAACCAACUGACCGGAACUUUAAACCUUCGUCUGUAACAACUUCUGGGGUUAAGAAAUCUAGCUACACAGGACCUCCUCCAAAGUUUACAGACCUCAAGGCUCGCUUUGAUGACGACAAAAAGGAACAGAAAACUUUUGGUUCCCUUGGGACCAAACAGAGCGACUUUGGCACUGAUUACUCAGCCAAGAAAAGCGCCAAUAGUACAAGUGACAAAGGAAAGUUAACCCAGCCUGCGAAGUUGGGAAAAUCUACGGAAAGUGGAUUUCAGAGGAAUGUUACGAGUCGAGGGUCAUUUGAACGAAAAACAAAGACGGAAGAAAAGGUGAAACAAGAUUUAGACGAUGAUGGUGACGGUGCACAGAUUGCUGUUGGGAAAGUUUUCACUCGCCAAAACAGUAAUACUUACACAGCUACAGUUGAAAACCGUAUCCAGAGACAAGGGUCAAGUGAUGACCCUGUGGACAAGGUCAGGGCGAGUAAUUUACUGACUGGACAACUAGCAAUGCUUAGAAUAAGGCCUGGUAGUGGUGGUAAAAAGGAUGAACAGACUACGUUCUCCAGUCAGACAGUAGAGAAAUCUAACAAUGGUUUUAGUAAGGUAGAAACCAAGACAACAACAGUUAGAAGUAACUUCAACACGAAGACCAAACCAUUCUCCACAAACUCAGGGAGUAGCAGUUCCCCUAAAUUCGCAAAGAAAUUUUCAUCAUCAAGUACGCCAAUGGAAUUUGGUCUCUCAUUUUCACCAAAGAAAGGUGACGAUAGUAAAACCAGUGACUUACAAAGUAAGACUGUUUCCUCACACAGUAGACAAUCUAGUAGUGAUUCCUUAGGGAGUUCUACCAACAGUCCUCGGUCAAACGCAUCAUCAGACCUUGUGCAAUUAGACUCGUCUUCAAUUAAAAAGUUUGAUUCAAUCCUUGGAACAGGAAAAUUAGAACAUCGAGGAAAUAGACUAGAAACCAAGACUGUUACAAAAACAGUGGAAACUGGAGCAAAAAGACCUGGUAGUCCCAGAACCAUAGUAACAGAAACCAAAAUUGUAACAACCAGUGUAUCGAAGAGACCAGGCUUAAAUAAAACAGUGAGUUCUCGUGAAGAGGUCACCACAUUCAGUACGAGUCAGUCAGAAAGUCACACUGCUAGACCAUGGGCAGGUAAAAAGGUGGAUGUUCUUAAGACAUCAAGUGAUGAUUCAAAGCCAGAAUGGCUUGAUAAAAGUAAAGACAUGAUCAACAAGUUCCAGACCAAAAUGAAACCAACGACAACAGACACUUUGGUUAAUACCAGUGAUAAAUCUGUUAUAAUGAAAUCUCCAACGCCUUACCAUAAACCUGUCGACAAGACUGUAAAACAGCUGACCACUCACAAAGGUAAACUGGGUAAAACCGAUAUAAACAGCAACAAAAUGACACCCGCUUGGGAGACCCGAGUUGUCACGUCGAGUCUUCAGCGGCGGUCAUCAGAUCUGUCUGAUACAGGAAGUGACAUCAGUAGUAGAAGUUCGAGUAGUUUACCCAGCAGCAGCGAUAUGUUAAAGAAGAAACAAUACACCAUCAAGAAAAUGGAACCGAGUAACUUCAAAAAGAUCAUGGGAAAUUUUGAAGAAAAGUGCAAGAGUGGAAGUACAACACCAGAACGAAAAUUAUCUGAUCCAAAACUCGAAUUUAAGAAACCUUUAUCGAGAGCCAAAAAUAUUGUGUUAGAACGCAAGAAUUCUUUUGAGUGUCCCCAGUCGCCACCGGUAUCUCCAAGGGAUGCAACUCUGUUAGUUCUGAAAGAAACUGGACCAAUACCUAAUGUGAAAAAAUUUGCAAAAGAGAUAAAUUCUGGCCGUGCGCGUGCCUUCAGUACAGGAAGUAUCAAGGAUUCUGGGAGUGAACACGAGUAUAAUGAUGCUUUUAGUCAGCAUCAUGGCAGGGAGUGGCCCGACAUGGAUCUCAGCAGUGAUGAAAGUGAGGCUCUGUAUGAGUUUAUAGGAGAACCAGGUGUUGGAGAUGGAGAUGGAAGAUCUCGUCAUAGUCGUAACAUGGCGCGACGACAUGGCCAGAAAAGUCCUGAUUUAGAUAGUGGGAAAGGGUGUCACAGACCUAGUUAUGAGGAGCAGAGUUCUUCUGACCUAGCAACAGAGGGCAGCAGCAGUAAGGACGGUACCCUGGAAAGCACUGAUGAUAAAGCUGUAGAAGGUGAUGUUGAGAAUGACUCUGACAGCAGUAAUUCAGGUAUCUAUGAACCAAUUGACCAGGACUGGGUGAACAAGCUCAAAGUAGAACAGCGUGAACAACCACCAGAACUUCCUGCAGACAGGAAGAAGAAAAAGAAAAAGAAAGAUGGCAACAAAUCUGGUGCUGCAGCCAUUGGAUCUAAACUGAAGAAGUUGUACAAUAAGCCAAAGAAAAGUGGAGAACCUGGUCUUACUAAGGUGGCCUCCGCUCCACAACUGUCAGAACAGUCCUCAUCUGGGGUGUUAAACAAACUUGGUGAUAAACUCAAAUUACUUACUGGUACCAAAAGUUCAGACCCCAAACUGGUGGCAGAAGCUGAAGUAGUGAUAUCUAGUAGUGAGUACGACGGUGAAGCCUACAACGAGGAAGACAGUAAUUGUAACAAUAUGAAUAUUCCAUUAGAGGACAUUGUGUAUAUAGAUUCUUCAUCUAGUAUUGAUCUGCAGGACUCAUCAGAACCCGAUAAUCGUAAUAAUUAUGAGGACACAGCACCACCUCUACCCCCAAGGGAGGUUUCCGAUGAGGAGGAGAGUGCCCCUAAACCCCCACCAAAGACUCGAUCUAGUAUGCUUAAUAAUAGUGAUGCUAAUAUAGGACUUGCACCAAUGCGACCACCCAAACGGAACAGUUCUCGUCCACAAUCUGAGGAUGAGGCCCCUACUCCUGCUCUGCCUCCUAGAAACCGUGUCUCCACCAAUGUAAAUCUAGAUACUGUUGUGCCAGUCACUCCAGGCCUGGUCACUUCUGCACACUCCACUGGUGAUCUCAGGAACCCAAAAGGCCAGUGGCAUGCCAGUAAGGACAGCUAUCUACAUGGACACCAUCAAAUGUCCAACAAGAACCUUGACCAUUCUGAUGGACCACCUGUGCCACCCCGUCAAAACAGUGGUGAGGAGAAUAUUUAUAUUGAAUGUGACAGACCAGGAGCACAGGAGAAAGAGGUGACAAAACGGCCGUUAGAGAAGAAAUUGUCGUCAUUAUACAUGAGAUCAAGUGAUGUAGCCAGUACACCAGAUAAAAGUCCGACCAGUCUGAAAACAAGCGUACCAUUACAAGAUAUCAUGAUGUUUCAAUCACAGUAUCAGAACACAACAGAUGACAACAUGUACCUCGACCUGAGAAAAGUUAAGAAUUUACACCGCGUGGUGGAGAAGUUCACCACCAUUGAUCCAGAGGAUGAGGACCAGCUAUACGGCACACUCGGGGAGCGCUACACACCAAAAAUUCAUGCUGCAGAGCCUCUUUAUCAAUAUUAUCACAAAAACAUGGCGUCUCGUGCCAGCAAGAAAUGUUCUGUGAUGCAUGCUGAAAGUGAUGAUGAAGAGGAUGAUGAGAGGAUUUAUGAGGCAUUAGAUGAUGUCAUCGAAACUCCAACGGAAACAAAAGUCGAUCGUGUUAAGGCAUCAACACUGGAGAUGUUUACCAAGAAAUCUGGAACUGCGAUGAGAGCUUUGUGGUGUGAGAUGCCUGAGGUCAAGGAGAGUGGUCUCUUAGAAAAAAUGUCAUCACAAGAACGAAAGAUUCAGGAGGCAACCUUUGAAAUCAUCACAUCAGAGGCAACAUAUCUUCGCAGUCUCAAUGUCCUGAUGAACACGUUCCUCCUCUCACAAGAAUUCUCUGCUGAACAUUCCGACCGCUGUGUCCUUACAAGACAGGAACGCCAUGUCAUUUUCUCAAAUAUUGGAUCCAUUCGGGACACCAGUGAAAGAUUUCUUUCGGCACUUGAGGCCAAAUGGCAGGAGUCAGUUCUAAUGGAAGAUAUCUCCUCUGUCAUAGAGAGCCACGCUAACGCAAAGUUUGAAUGUUAUGUCCGUUACUGUAGCAACCAGACAUUCCAGGAGCGACAAGUACAGGAACUCAUGAAGAAGCAAGAGUUUUCGGAUGCCAUCAAACGAAUGGAGAAUAGUCCUGAAUGUCAAGGUCUUCCAAUGAUGUCCUUCCUUCUCCUCCCGAUGCAGCGAAUCACUCGACUUCCUCUCCUAGUGGAUGCCAUCUGCCACCGUAUGGAGCCUGCCACCAAGCAACACAAGGGUGCUACACGAGCUCUUGAUGCACUCAACAAGGUCGUACGGAAAUGUAACGAUGGAGCUAAGAAGAUGCAGCAGACAGAACAAAUGUGUCGCUUGGUGCAAAAUCUGGAGUUCAAGGUCAAAGAAAUCCCACUUGUAUCUGCUUCCCGGUAUUUGCUUAAACAAGGGGAGCUAACUAGGGUAUUAACAGACACAUCAAGUCGACUUCCUUUACGGAAAGGGAAAACGAAACAAGCUGUAAACAUCUUCUUAUUCAAUGAUAUCAUCCUCAUCAGCAAAAAGAAAAGAAAUAGAUUCUCGUAUAGUUUCACGCCUCAGAACAUUAACGAUUUACUUAGCACACAAUAUGUUGUCAACGAUUAUGCUCCAAGAAAUGCCCUACAUGUUGAAACACUGGAUAAUACUGACAAAUCCCGGUACCUGCCGCAGGGAGCUCCGAGUGGAUGUAAAAAUCUCUUUGUUGUUGUCUUGUUGGAGAAUCAUGAACAGAAACACACGGAACUCAUCUUAUCCUGCAAAUCUCCGAGUGACAGAACACGAUGGAUUGAUUCUCUCAGUCCAUCAGCAAAGGAAAAUGACACAGAGAAAAUCUACGAAGAAUGGGAUUGUCCUCAAGUACAAUGUACAACCAAGUACACAGCUACAGAGCCUGAUGAAUUAAGUCUUGAAGAAUCAGAUGUCAUCAAUGUAUUCAAGAAAAUGGGCGAUGGUUGGUAUGAAGGGGAGAGAAUUCGCGAUGGAGAGAGAGGCUGGUUUCCUGCUACCAGCACCACAGAAAUUGUCAACUCGCAUGUCAGGGCACGAAACUUACGUCUGCGAUACAGACUGUUAUUGGCAUCACAGGACUACGGUGAUGUGUACUCAACAGCAUGAUCAAGAUCUUAAAAAGCUUUAAAAUUACACUGUACGCAGUGAAAACAAGCUUUUCAGUGAAAAUGAUUCACCUCCAGAUCAUUUGACUUGACAAUCAUAAAUAUUGACAUUGAAGAAUGAGAUUCACAUCAAAGUUUUUUCGUCCUCAGGAUUUUUUUCGUGGGAUUGUAAAGAGAAAUAUGCAUUAAGACAUCCUUUAAAUUUCCCCAGAGGAUUCCGAUGGAGACAGAAAUACUCCUGAUAAAACUGCUGUAUUGUUUUCCUUUCUCCAAGUAGAAUUUUUACAGGAUGGGACUUACUUGGAUAUCCGCGAUGUCAACUUUUGUUGGGUAUAAUUAUAUAAGCCUUUUGUAUGUGUGUGUAUGAAAAAACACUGGAAUAUAUGGAAGUGUCAGGAGAAUGACCAAUGUUGAGAAUUGGUCUUUUCUUGUUCAGAACUCACUUGUGAAGGAGCUGGACAAAGACACGUUAGAAAAUUGUUUACAUGUUGUAUACUCCUAAUGAUCACAGAACUUACUGAAUAAUUUCACAGACACAGAAAUGUCAACAAUUAUGGGGUAUGACUGAGAUUUGAUUACAGUACUGUUUGGUGAAUUUUAACGGCUAUUUAUCCAGAGUAACAACGGGAAGAACAUUUACUGUAGUAUCAAUCAUUCAACAGAAAAAUGCUGGCAUUUUUCUAAUGAAACAUUAAAAUAUUAAAAUUUCCUACAUUUGGGAGUCAAAUUCAUUCCAACAUUAUUGUACUGCACUAUCAACUUUUGGGAGUGUGUGAGUAGAUAGUACUUCUGUUUAGAAAACAGUGUUUUGUGAUGAAACUGAGCUGGGGCAUUCACUUAUGAAAGCUAGCUUUCUAUCUACAAUAUGUAGGUCUUGAGUUCAAAUCCUGUUGUUUCCAUUACAAUGUUUUACAUUUACACAAAAUAUUGCCAAAACAUAUAGAGUAUAAUGUGUUCUGUGUAAUCUCACAUUUUAAUGAAGUUUCUGAUGGAAACAGGUGUGACCUAGGUAUACUGCUAAACUAUCUAAAGCUUUCAGCAUUACAUAGACGAUGUGAUAUUUUAUAUUAUACUUCUUAUAAAAAAUAGAUAAAGGAAGUCACAGCGAUGAAUAUCAGUCAUUUGAAUACAAUUUGUACUGAUGAGCUGAUGACUUUACUUUCCUAACAGCGUUCAUCAAAUCAUUUUAACUGUCAUAGAAGACAGUUUUCCCAGGAGACAUUUUUUUUAUAAUUUUAAACCAGAAAUUGAUGAAGAAUGACUCAGUGUCUGGAAGAUAUAUAUCACUGCCAUACAAUGAUAGUAAGAUGUUGUAGUAGACAAGGUUGUCUUCCAAUAACACUUAGAUCACAAAUUGUCUGAACUCCUUAAUGAAGUGUUGUAUAUGUCUCUGUAGAUAAAUUGGUGACACUUAUUCUCAUCACUUUGAAAAUGAUUUUUGUUCUCUCUUAACCAGGCAAUAUCUCGUUAAAUUCAUUUCUUAUCAGCACAGGUGCUUUACAUAUUUUGUAAUUGAAAUUAUAUUUGAACAUAUCACAAGUUUAUUCCAAUAUCAAGUUUCUUGUACAUGUACCUGGUGUAUUGAGUAUAUAACACAGGGGAAUGUCACAUAUAGGAACCAAGUCUGUUGCUACUACAACCAUGGUACUGUAACAGCCCCCAGUAAUUACACAGUUAUGUCCCUUGAGGUGUGACUGGUAACUCAUUAUCAUACCUUGGUAUUAGCUGGAUUUCCAUACUGCAAAUUGUUUUGGUUUUAAACAUUUUUAAUGCAGCAAUUCAACAUUGGUUAAAUGAUGACUUUAAAUUACUAAUAAUUAGCAUAUAUCAUGUUAAUUUGAGGUCCACUUCAAGUUUGAUUUAUAAACUUUUCAUAUAUAUUUUGCUAAAUGAUUUGAAUUAUUUUUGUAUUCAUAUUUAAACAGGUAAAGUUUUUCAAGUUGUAUUAUUACAAUGAACUAUAAUAUUUUAAAGUUGUAUGAUAUACUUCACUAUAACCAUUGCCAGAGCUGACGGUACACAAUCCAUGAACAACAAUGAUUAUAUGUAUGUUAUCCCGCCAAGAGUUUGGACUUAGUGGUUGGAAAUAUUUCAAUGAAUGUUAUUCAUGAUGAAUUUUCUUAAAUAAAUUCCAUAAUACUUAAAAAGCAACAAGCUAAUUAAUGUGAUAGACUCCUGUUCUACACAAUAUCUAUAGAAAUGAUGAAAGUGGUAAAAUCACAACAUUCAAUUUGAUACCAUCACUUACACUAUCACAUUGUAAAUUAAAAAUAAUAAAUUAAAUGUGUGGAAUGUUUGGUGACAGAGAAAGAACCAUAUAUCUAUAGUAUCAAAGUUUUCUCUAAGGUUUGUUUCAUUGCGGCCAAGACAGACCCGCCAAAAUGGAUCCUAAGACAACUAAUGUAAGAUCCUAAUGUUAAAACUCACUGCAUCGUUUGUAAUCAGUUAGCACAGGUGUCUGACAUAGAUUAUUCUCCAGAAACAGGAUAUAUCCAUUUGAAACAUAUCUAUAUAUGAUUUUUGUCAGUUUUAAUAUUUCUUUAUAAUUUGGUUUUACUUUAUUUUUCAAAUGUUACUUCAUUUUUUUUAAAAAUGUAUCACAUUUAUUUUGUCUGAGAUAGAUGAUUUGAAAAAUGUGUAGUAUCUGAAAACUGCUUUAUUUUGAAUAUGAACUGAUUUGAUGUUGCAUUCAAUGGACAAAGAUAAGCUUAUUUCUGAAGUAAAAAUAUUUUCUUGUAUUAAUUUUUUUUAAUUGAUUGAUGAUUUAACAUAUAUCUAUAAUCAUAUGAUUGAAUAUUUUAUUACUGCUAAAAAGAUAUAUAAAUAUUCAUAUGCAAUGCUGUAUGGUGCACUUUAUCUACUGACUCUAGAAAGGAUAUGCAAAUUUAAAUGCUUUUAUCAAAUAUCUGAGGAAUUGACAGGUGAUGUUGUAAUAUUAAAGUGACUUAUAUCUCAGUAUGUUGAUAUGAUAAGGAUUAUCUGUCCAUUGUCCUCACACCAAGGCUUAAACUACUGAGACUCACAUACCUAUAGAUCCCACUGAUCUUCUUACGUAAAAUAUCAAAUGUGGAUCUUAAACCUACAUUUAUAAACUCUGUUCAACAAGAAACAAAGAUUAAUGUGCACUCUGCUGAAAUAUGUUAUACAAACUUACACUAUAGAUAUUUGUAUAACUUACUUUGAUUGAGAACUUGUAUAAUGGGAGGUAGUAUGACAGGUAAAUGUAUGUGUGGUAACACCUGAUUAAUUACUAGUGGAAUGUAAGAUUUUACUCUUUAUAAAAUUGAUUUUGUCAUUUUUUCCUGAACAUUUAAAACGGAGCCAGAGAAUGAACAGACAAAAAUGUAACAAAGGUUGUUCACUGUUCUCAUUGUAUUCUUUAGUAAUUUGUAUACAUCUGAAAAAAUAAACAGAAAGUGAUGUUCACCAGACUUCUGUGGGUGAUAUUUCCAUAUCAAUCUUUUGUUCAGUGCAUUGGUAGUAAACACAAUCAGUAAUUUGAAUUAAAUAAACAUAAAUUAUCUAUACAGGUGUGUCUUUUGAAUUAACUUUUGAUAUCAUAUGCUUUGAUUCAUUUUAAAUAUGUAAUUUUAUUCCAGAAUAAAAUUUUAUCAACUUAAUUUAAAUAAGACCUCUUGUUUCACUUCAUACCUGUUGACAGAUGAUAAGGUACAGAGGGCAAAGUGGUUUGAAUAUAAUUAGCUUGAGAGUUCAUAGUUCUGAUAUUGCACAACUAAAAAUGUUGUUACCUUUAAUUGUAAAAAGAAUUAAAGGUGAGUAUCCUUGUUAAAAAUGUCACUUAUUUAAUUUUCUGAUUUCAUUAAUGAUAUUCGUGUGAUGUGACAAUAUACAAAUUUGAUUAAGAAAAGAAUUGAAAUGUAUUGCUAUCUAAAUUGGUAAUAUAUACCAACAGGUAUAUGACUGUUUCAGUGUUAAUUCAUAGUUGUCACACCGGUUCAGUGAACUACACAAAUAUGUAUCCACCUUCCAGCUGAGUGGUAGUAGGUCUGUUUAUAAAGCUUAAGACCAGUACAGAAUCCUUUAUGAUAUUUCUCAAUCCAAACUUGAGAUCUUGUUGCUGUGAUUAUUUUGUAUAUUAAAUAUAUUACAUGUAAUACUGUAUGUACAAUGCUACCAAGUGAUUUCUUUGAUUUCAUGUCCUGUUAUAAUUUUAUUUCUAUUUUGAUAAAAGAAAUGAUUAUACUUCUGUUUUUUGUAAAGGUGUCUUUUAUUACUGUAAAAAUCUAUUAUUUAAGUCUAUGGUUUUGAGGAUAUCUGUUAUAUUUCUCCCGGGAUCAAUGUUUCACUGAGAAGUUCAUUGUUAAAGCAAUAUUGUUACUUUCUGUUUAUUGUUUCAUUGUCAAGGUCAAAUUUUCACCUUCAUGAAAACUUAACAAAUUUUUUACUUACCAAUAUAAAUUUCAUGCCUGUUCUUAGGAGAAACAUAUCAUGUUGUACAAUAAGAUUUUGUCUGUACUACGAGAUCUGACAUUAUGUCUGCUUCUGAAGAUAAAAGAUAUGAUCAUUGUCUGUUUUAUAAUAUCCUGACAUUUUCUCUGAUUUUAUGAUAAAAGCAUUAUGUAUUAUGAUAUAAAUAUUGUCUUUUUGGUAAUGAAUUACAUCUUCCUUGGUUUUUAUCAUAAGAUUGUGACAUUCUGUAUAUUUAGUAAUGAGAUUUUGAGAGACCAAUGUUUUAUAAGAUACAGAUAUGUUGUAUACUAAGAUUCAAACUGACGUUUUAUGAUGAAAGUUAGACUUUAUGUCUUGUGUUACGUUCUUUGCUUUAUGUCCUAUGAUAGAUCUAGACAUAAUGUCUUACUAUAGGAUCUAGCAUUAAUGUUUUAUGACAAGGUCUAGGCUUAAUGGCUUACGUUAAGUUCUAUAAUUUAUGCCCUAUGACAAGAUCUAGACAUAAUGUCCUAUAAUAAGAUCUAGGCUUAGUGGCCUUAAGAUCUCUACUUUAUGUCUUAACAUAAGACCUAGACAUGACGUCUUAUGAUAACAUCUAGGCUUAGUGGCCUUAAGAUCUAGACUUUAUGUCUUAACAUAAGACCUAGGCAUGAUGUCUUAUGAUAACAUCUAGGCUUAGUGGCCUUAAGAUCUAGACUUUAUGUCUUAACAUAAGACCUAGGCAUGAUGUCUUAUAAUAAGAUCUAGGCUUAGUGGCCUUAAGAUCUAGAAUUUAUGUCUUAGCAUAAGACCUAGGCAUGAUGUCUUAUAAUAAGAUCUAGGCUUAGUGGCCUUAAGAUCUAGAAUUUAUGUCUUAACAUAAGACCUAGGCAUGACGUCUUAUGAUAACAUCUAGGCUUAGUGGCCUUAAGAUCUAGACUUUAUGUCUUAACAUAAGACCUAGGCAUGAUGUCGUAUAAUAAGAUCUAGGCUUAGUGGCCUUAAGAUCUAGACUUUAUGUCUUAACAUAGACCUAGGCAUGAUGUCUUAUGAUAACAUCUAGGCUUAGUGGCCUUAAGAUCUAGACUUUAUGUCUUAACAUAAGACCUAGGCAUGAUGUCUUAUGAUAACAUCUAGGCUUAGUGGCCUUAAGAUCUAGACUUUAUGUCUUAACAUAAGACCUAGGCAUGAUGUCUUAUAAUAAGAUCUAGGCUUAGUGGCCUUAAGAUCUAGAAUUUAUGUCUUAACAUAAGACCUAGGCAUGAUGUCUUAUAAUAAGAUCUAGGCUUAGUGGCCUUAAGAUCUAGAAUUUAUGUCUUAACAUAAGACCUAGGCAUGACGUCUUAUGAUAACAUCUAGGCUUAGUGGCCUUAAGAUCUAGACUUUAUGUCUUAACAUAAGACCUAGGCAUGAUGUCUUAUAAUAAGAUCUAGGCUUAGUGGCCUUAAGAUCUAGACUUUAUGUCUUAACAUAAGACCUAGGCAUGAUGUCUUAUGAUAACAUCUAGGCUUAGUGUCCUUAAGAUCUAGAUUGAAUGUCUUAUGUGAAGAUACAGGCAUGAUGUGGUUUGUUCAGAAACAAAGAUUUUAAAGACAUAGACAUAAUGUUUUAUGAGAAGAUGCAGUCAUGAUGUUGUAUAGUUAGAUAUAUAUAUAUUAUGAUUUAAGAUGCAGACUUAAUGUUUUAUGUUAAGAUACAGACAUAACGUCUUAUAAUCAGAUGCAUACAUUAUGUUUGAUGAUAAGAUACAGGAGUUAUAUGGUAAGAUAUCUUGUGUUUUAUGAUGAUGUCUACCUUACUACCUUUGUGUGCCAUUCUCAGUUCCUUCCUAAUCACCUUGUUCAUGUAUACAACUUAUAUCAUAAAGAUAUUGUACAACAAAA